AUUGAAGUUUUUUUAUCACUACCAUGGUAGUCGGUAGAUAAUGGAAAGUAGUUGGACCACACAUCGUCAGAAAACAAGUUAUGCAUUCCAAAAUCUAGUGUUCUUAUUUUCUCCUCUCAUCAUCUAUUUUACCUGACAAAUUCAGGAAAUUUAUGAGUGUCGGUUUCACCAGAAUUCAAUGAUGGGGGGAUACUUUACACAAUCCAGUAUUGGAGUAAAAAGUGUUAAAGCUAGUGCUCUGCAGCACAGCACAAACACACUGUCAUAGUUUCUUCAUUCAAUUGAGUCAUCCACCUAUGUCAGCUACAACACCACCUUAAUUCCAAUUUCAAACCCAAAAACAGAAACACCAUCAAAGAACCUUUCCACAAAACAAUGCAAGAAUGAAAAAGAAUCAAGUUUUUUCCAUCCAGUUAUUUUUCCUCUUAUUAUCCUUUAUCCCAAUCUCAAACCAAAUUCAAACCAACAAAGAAAAACAACCAUUCAUAGGAGUAAACAUUGGCACAGACGUUUCAAAUCUAAUUCCACCAACAGAGUUAGUAACAUUUCUGAAACAACAAAAAAUCACACACAUCCGUCUCUACGAUUCAAACACCGACAUCCUCGGAGCUUUGUCGGAAACCAACAUCCACGUCAUCAUCAGUGUACCAAACAACCAACUCCUCGCUAUUGGUUCCUCCAACACCACCGCUUCUUCAUGGAUCCACAAAAACGUCGUCGUUUUCUACCCCAAAACCCUAAUUACCGGAAUUUCCGUCGGCGAUGAAGUUCUCACAACCGUCCCUUCCUCUGCUCCUCUUCUUCUCCCUGCUCUUCAAUCUCUUCACUCCGCACUUGUCACUUCAAAUCUUCAUAACCAAAUUUACCUUUCUACCCCUCACUCUUCUUCCAUAAUCAUUGACCCUUUUCCUCCUUCUCAAGCUUUCUUCAACCAAACACUUUCUUCUUCAAUUCUCCUCCCUCUUCUUCAAUUCCAUUCACAAACAAAUUCACCUUUGAUGUUAAACCUUUACCCUUACUAUGUCUUCAUGCAGAACAAUGGUGUUGUUCCUCUUGAAACCUCUCUGUUCAAACCUUCUAAGGAUAUGGUGGACCCCAACACUCUUCUUCACUACACCAACGUUUUCGACGCGAUGAUCGAUGCCGCUUAUUUCUCGAUGAAGAAUCUUAAUGUUACUGAUGUUGUUGUUCUUGUUACAGAAACUGGUUGGCCUUCAAAGGGUGAUUCGAAUGAACCUUAUGCAACAAAAGAAAAUGCUGAUACUUACAAUUCAAAUUUAAUUAAGCAUGUUUUCGAUCGUAGUGGAACGCCUUUGAAUCCGGAAAUAACUUCUAGUGUUUUUAUAUAUGAACUUUUCAAUGAGGAUUUGAGGUCUCCGCCUUUGUCGGAGGCGAAUUGGGGUUUGUUUUAUGGGAAUGUUACGCCUGUUUAUUUGCUUCAUGUGUCGGGGAUUGGAAGUUUUCUUGCUAAUGAUAAUGCUAAUGAGACUUAUUGUGUUGUUAAUGUGGAUGAUGAUGAUGGUGGUGGUGUUGAUUAUAAGACUUUGCAGGCUGCUUUGGAUUGGAGUUGUGGACCUGGACGGGCGAAUUGUUCGGAGAUUCAACCUGGGGAAAGUUGUUAUUUGCCUAAUAAUGUUAAGAAUCAUGCUUCUUAUGCUUUUGAUAGUUAUUAUCAGAAUCAAGGGAAGUCUAUUGGGUCUUGUGAUUUCAAAGGAGCUGCUAUGAUCACCACUACUGACCCUAGUCAUGGAAGCUGCAUUUUUCCUGGAAGUAAAAAGUUAAGCAAAGAGACAAAGCAAGUAGUGAAUUCUACUCAGUUAAGCAAUGCAGGGAAGAAGUUGAGGUUCAAAAUCUUUAGCAGCACCAAAAUAAAAGAAAUAAACAACAUUUUGCACAUAUAUUACUUGGUUGCUUUAAUCACUAUGUGGCUAUUCCUUUUGUAAGGCGCAAAAAAUUUUUUCUUGGGGAUUGGGAAGUAGGGGACUUAAGUAGGAUUUGAUUAUUUUGAUUAUUCUUUUUGCAAAGGAUAAGAGAAAAGGAAUUCUGGUUGACCUAGUGUUCUAAACUUAGUGCUUAAGAAUUAAGAUAGUUCUUCCUUUUAGGAAUGUAGGGUGUAUAAUGUUCACAUGGGUGAGGGAGGUAGGUUAUUGUAAUUAAAUAUGUAUCUCUUGAUAUUAUAUUGGUUAAUUUGUAAUGUAUGGGCAUAAUAAGAAUGAAUGUUCCUGUAUGAAUAAUUUAUAUGUGAAGAGAGUGAUAAGACACAAGGAUCCUUAAUUUGUUUCCAAA